ACACACAUGCUGUGGGCACACACAAGCACACGCACACAUGCACUGACAGAGCCUUCUAAAAGACCAGUUGUAUGAUGUAAAGUGGGUGUGAGGUCAAACCCAGCUAAGUGUUGUGUGUUUUCCUUCUCUGGAGCUGGCUCACAGGAAAGGGGCAGUGAUUUUGGGGAGCCAUGCCUUACAGACAGACUGUUGUGUUCUCCAGACAGAAGGGGAGGAAAAAGAGGGAGGAGAAGGACAAAAAAGGAGAAGAGGUGCAGGCACAUUACCCUGGAUGAAUCACAGCAGUUAAAGCAUGCUCUGAGUAAGACAUUAGUUUUUGACUCAAUGCUCUGUGAGAAAUCUGCCUGUCUGUCUGUGAAUCCAUUCUUUGGAUCCUGUGUUUGCACCUUCAGCAGAAGCAGUGGAUGCUGGUUGGAACAACAUGAUUGACUACGAGCGUCCCUGUCCAUUAGGCUUCGGGCCGGCUGGGAGGAGUGUGUUGACUACUGAGCUCCCAGCGCACACUCAUACGCACACACUGAUGGUCAUGCCUCAGAGAUACUCCCACCAGAGGAGGAAAGCCAGCACAGCGGCUGCUCGGAGGAUGGAGCGAAGACGCAGGGACCAGUGGACGAGCAGCAACAACAACCCAAGCAGCAGCCACAACCAUCGCUCCAAGAAGCUGGUCAUGCUCUCCAGGUCCCUGAUCCUGUGUCACUCUAAGACCAAUGAAGACUGUCCCGAGGACAGACAUGCUGAGGAAGCGUCAGAUGGGUGCAGGGCAUGGGGUCCAAGCUGGAGGGCAAAAACGAUUAGUGUGGAUCAUACAGGAUAUAGAGAUAUACAAAACGGACAAUGGAGGAUGACCCAGCAAUCAUCUGUGGAGAGGAGAGGAGACAGCGAGGCAGACAGUCUGCUUCAAAACACAACUGUCAGGGAGAAUAAAAGGAGCAUAAAGAAGUCCUUCAGCAUUAAGGAGAGCAGUAUCUGGAGGAUGUGUGUAGCCACAGGGCCUGCUGAGGAGGUGUGUGGACCACAAAUGGCUGACAGCAGCAUUCAGACGGAGGGCAAAGUCACUAAUGUGGAGCCAGGGAGGAAUCGAGGGAACCUGCACAGACGCAGCAGCUUCCUGAGCCCAGACAAGCUAGCACCCUUUAAUGGACAGUUUCUAAACAGCAGUGCUUUCAUGGACGGGGAGGGAAUGAGGAGUGUCCACAUUAAAGCCUAUAAUGAGGAAAUUUCCACAUGUGAAGAUACUCUCCAUUCCCAUACUCCAGAUCAGCACCCAGCUCUCAUCUCUCCACCUGACCUUCAGUCAUUUCCUGGAUGCACAGAUGAAAAACGUGUGGCCAACAACAAUCACCUCAAGCUACCCAUCCCAGAGGUGAACGAGGAGAGAUGCUGGGGGGCUAAGAAAACAGAACAAAGCUCACCAGAACAGAUGGCCAGCAACAGGACACGCUCCAAUUCAACCAGUGUUCAUCCGUACUGGAUUGGGGAUCUGGACAGCAUCAUAAUGAAAACCCCUGAGCUGUAUACCAAUCAUCCUCAUGGGAAUAGUGGUUUCUAUGGAAACAGGAAGUCUCUGUCCCAGCAGCUGGAGUUCUCUCACACCACUACACAGGCUGUUCAGCGUCCCUCCCGCUCCCUCAGCUCUGCCCAGCUGGUACACUCCUGCAGUAACGUGCAAGCCUUCAUAAUCUGCAAUAUUGUGCUAAUGAAGGGUCACGGCAAGGGUCUGGGCUUCAGCAUAGUGGGAGGGAGGGACAGCUUGUAUGGACCAAUGGGGAUCUAUGUCAAGACGAUUUUCCCAGCAGGAGCUGCAGCUGCUGAUGGAAGACUGCAAGAAGGUGAUGAGAUCCUGGAGCUGAAUGGAGAGUCACUGCAUGGUUUGACUCAUGAUGAAGCUCUGCACAAAUUCAAACAAAUCAAAAAGGGCCUCCUGACGCUGGUGGUGAGGACCAGCCUGCGUGUUGGGGCCCUGUGUGGUCAGUCGCAGGUAGCUCAGCUGUGUAGGUCACGCUCCCUCAGCACUACCACGGGUAUGGCCAGGGUCAGCGCUGAUAUGGGAGACUACAACUACCUGAACAUCUGCAGUAACGCACUGAGCAUCCCGGGUCAGCCUGCUAAGCCCAGAGACUGCAUCAUGAUGGAGAUCAUCCUGCAGAAAGAGGUGGGUGUUGGUCUGGGUAUUGGACUGUGCUGUGUUCCAUCUGGUGAUGGAUGCCCAAGGAUCUACAUUCACACCCUCUCCCCUGGAUCGGUGGCUCACAUGGAUGGUAGACUACGGUGUGGGGAUGAGAUUAUGGAAAUCAACGACACUGUGGUUCACAACAUGGCGCUGAAUGACGUCUACGCAGUUCUGAGCCAGUGCACAGCAGGUCCGGUCCACAUCAUCGUCAGUCGACACCCAGACCCCAAAGUAUCGGAGCAGCAGCUGAAUGAUGCUAUCGCUGAUGCAGUGGCAAACAGCAAACUGAGAAAAAACAAGAGCCAGUGGAGCAUUGAUGGACUACGCAGACUGGAGUCUUGUUCUCAUAGCCGUCAGAGAUGUGAGCAUUGUCUGGAGAGGAACUGCAGUCAGCUGACAGUUCGACAAGCACAGAAGACUAUGGCCCGUUCCUGCAGUGACAACACCAGCAGCCUCCACAACAGCUGCCUCACCAUCCACAACCACCACAACACACAGCACAGCCCAUCAGCCCGCGUCCACAGCCUAGACACACCCAAGUCUAUGGCAGACACGUGGUCUGACAACAGACUGUCAGUACCUGUGUAUCCCGAUGAAGAUUAUAAUGUCCCAUACAACUCUCCUGCUGCCAACCUGUCCAGUCAGCUGGUCCUGAAUCUGGCCCACAGGAGCAACAAGUCUACUUGCAGAACACAUGCUGGUGCUCGCCGGCGCUGCUGGCCUCAGGAUGUGACCAGUGAGGAGGGUUAUAAUGGUGACUCCAGUGAUUCCAGCAGGGGAUCCACAGGUAGAGACAAAGGACUGGACGCCCCAUCCCACACCAGCUGCCAGCUCUUCAGCAGCAUAUACAAGGCCUUGCAAAAGAUCCUGAGGCUACUCUUAAGAAACCAGGAAGGAGAACGCACAAGAGAACAGUCAGAGAGCGGUGAAGAAGAUUUCACUCAUCAAGACGCUGCAGUGUGCACCAGCGACCAAGUACACACAGGAGAUUUAUCAGCUGUGCUCUGCUCAAAGCCAAAGAGAGGAGCACUAAGAGACAAGCUUGUAUUGAACAAUAUACCCAAGAACAGCUUCAGGAUCCGUGGGUUCGAUUUUCAAAGAGCUCCACAGAACAUCUGCCUGACAUCCAUCAUCAUCACCAGCAUCACGCUACACACAGCACACAACCUGACAGCAUCCCACAGCGUCCCUGCUACCAUGAGUGACGAAGAGUACAUUCUUGAGGCCACUGUCACAGCCACAGAUUCGACUUUAGACCAGCCAUCAAACAUGACUCCUGAAAACACAUCUGAAGCUGAUUCAGGAUCAAAGAAGCCCCCAGUGGCACCAAAGCCUGCAUGGUUUCGUCAAAGUCUGAGGAAAAUUCGAGAAGAACAAGACCAGAAGAGUCAACCUAAACCCGAGAAGAGGCCUGCUGCAGGCUUCAGCAGAAGUUUUGGAGCCAGAUCUGCCUCUUCUGCAACCAACCUCUCAAUUAAACAAAAGAUUCACUCUUUUGAGACUUUUCAGUCAGACAGCCCAGAGAAGGUGGGAAAUAGGAGACCUGUGGCCCCUUCUGCCUCCCUUCCACAGAAGGAGACUAGAAGUCCCUGCCCUUCUUAUCAUGCUGUACCUGGAGGUUAUGAGAAGGGCAACAUGAGUUCACUAAAGAGGUCCAGUCAGACCAGUGUCUAUCUUUUUACUGGGAUGUUUUUGUUCCAGGUUUCACAAGUAUUGAUGCACUCUCUACCCUGCCGUGGUAACCCUCACUCCUCAAACCCGCAAGACGCCUCAGCACUGGACUUUACUAACACUCAGGAUUCUGAGUCGGUGCCUGACAACAAUGAUAGAGGAUUUUCUGUCAGCUUGGCCACACUGAGGGAGUGCACCAUCGAACGAGGGGAGGAGGCAGCAUUCCCUUCUUCUUAUGCUCACUCUGUCAUCUCAGCCAUCCCUUCACAGGAAAUACAGAGGAUGAUCCAGGAGGUCAAAGACCUUGAUCAAGACACACUGAAGCAACUGGUGGACAUCCAUGUUGUGAUUCUACACAAAGAGGAGGGAGCAGGGCUGGGCUUCAGCAUCGCUGGAGGGUGUGACUUGGAGAGCAAAGCUACAACAGUCCACAGAGUGUUUCCUAGUGGCCUGGCAGCUCAGGAGGGCACCAUCCAGAAAGGAGAUGAGGUGUUGUCUAUAAACGGACAAACGCUGCGUGGGCUCACACAUACUGAUGCCACCGCUGCCCUGCGUCAGGCCCGCGGCCUGAAGCUGGCCGUGGUGGUGAUCUGCAAGAGAGCUGAGGAGGAGGGAAGAGAGGGAGGAGGCGGUCGGAGUGAAGAGCCAAACCCUGCAGCGAGUGUAGAGCUACUGAAAGGUCCUGGAGGGGUUGGCUUUACUUUGGAGGGAGGAAAGGGUUCAAUCCAUGGAGACAGACCUCUAGUCAUCAACAGGAUCUUUCAAGGUGGCGCAGCAGAGCAGAGUGGUCUGCAGUCUGGAGAUGAAGUGCUGCAGGUCCAGGGAGUCAGUCUAACAGACAUGACUCGAUUUGAGGCCUGGAACAUGAUCAAGGCUUUACCUGAAGGAUCCGUUACAGUGGUGAUCAGGAGGAGGCAGGGCCGUACGGAAUGACAGCUGCUGGGAGAACCCAAAAAGAAAUAUAACCUCAGUUGCAUUUGAGGAACACAGAUGUUGGACUUUCUUUAACAAUCUUAUAGAAAACAGUCAGCCAUUCGUUUUGGUCCAUCCCCACCUCAAAACUCCAAAACCCCACAUCUCAGUUGCCUUUAACCAUAACUAGCCAUGCAGAUAGUUUUGUGUCCCAGUAACCGUUAAUAAUCUUCAUACUUCGUGGACAAUAUUUUUUUACCUUCACAAGAAAAUAGUGAUAUGAGACCUGAGUUGUUGAAUGCAGUGCCUGGCCAGUGUUGUGGAAAAAUAAUAAUAAAUGAUUUUGUGUGCACAAAUAAAACCAUCGUGCCAUUAAAUUGAAAUUAUUCUUUCAAAAUAAAGGAGAUGCCACAUGUCUUCAACAAGUUCAAAUCCUGUGCAUCCAUAUAUCUCUAAAAUGAACAUAAAGAAAUCCUGGUGAUUGGUUUAGAUCGUACUGACUAUGAUUUGACAGCUGGCAUUUUCACUUGGGCCUGUACAGUGAUGUAUGUGCAGGCCAGCUGAUUGCUACCCAUGCAUAUAAUGUGGCAUUACAUCUACACAAAAAAGUGUUCAUGUAUGCCAGGGCCAGAGUGGGACUCAUUUUCAGCCCUGGACUUUCAUGCCUCAGACCGGCCCACUUUAGAUCACGACCUAUUACUAUUAAAAUCAUGUAAUUCUA